AUGCCCUCUGACCUUCAGCCGCAGCGGUAUAUAUACCCGGAGGGGAUAAUCUGCAGUCCUCUGGCAGCCAAAAUGAAGCUUCUGGCGACUGCGUGCUGCUUGCUGUGUCUCCUGGCUCUGUCGGCUGCAGAGUCCUCCAUCCACGAGGAGGAGCAUCGAAUGCGUCUUCAGCUCCAGCAGCCAGACGGAGACCUCUUCCCCUGCGGAUGUGACACAACUGAUGCCAGCCAGACCUCGUCCAACGACACCCCGGCUCCAGAGAGAGCCGUGUGCCACCCCUGCAAGCCCCUGUCGAGUAAUGAAGAAGAGCCGGUGGCCGCGUUGGAGCAAGAGGUAGAGGAAGUACAUCCAACUGAGGACGAUUCUUCUGUUGAGGAAGUUGCAAGUGAAGAAAGGAGCCUGGAGGAGAUUGCAGAGGAACAUGAAGAUGCGACAUCUGGUGCUCAAAGCAAGGAAAAGGAAGUACCUGAAGAGAUCAUUGUUGCUGAGGCAGAAGAGAAGACACCCGAGGAAGAGGAGCGGGAAGCACUAGGAGAAUCAUCUCAAGUAGAGGAAGAAGACGUGAGUCAGGACACUGCAACUGAUGAAGACGAAGUUGAGGACUCAGAGGGCGAAAGUGCAGAGGAGGAUGAAAUGGUGCCUGAACCAGAGGAAAGACCCCCAGAUUUGACAAAAGACCCCAAACCAGAGUCACAGGAGCUACCGGAGGAUAGAGUGAAAGAGCCAGAAGUGACAGAACAACCUGAAGCAGAGCAAGAAGUCACUUUAGAGCCUGAGCUGAUUACUGAGACUGACCCAGAAUCAGAAAUCACCCAUCAGGCUAACCAGAACCCUUCUCUGGAAGGCACUGAGGAUGAUGCAGUGGAGGAAACUAGAGAGGACACACCGGAGUCUGAACAGGGUUCUGACCAGGAGGUGAAACUGGAGGAGGUACCUGCAGAGGAGCCAGCACAGCUUCAAGCUAAAGAGGAUGAGGCCAUUGGGUCGGGCCUGAGAGACCGCUCCCACAUUGAGGAGAUGCUGCGACUGGCGACAGCUGAACCAUCAGCAGAGUUCUCUGGCGCCAUAAAGAGACUGUUAAACAUCUACCAUAAGUCCAUCAAGCCAAUGGAACAAGUCUUUAAGUACAACGAGCUCAGGCAACAUGAAGUUACAGAUGGUGAGAUCACCUCAAAGCCAAUGGUUCUGUUUCUCGGACCCUGGAGUGUUGGAAAGUCCUCGAUGAUCAACUACCUUUUGGGUCUCCAUGGCACACCCCAGGAACUUUACACAGGUGCUGAGCCCACCACAUCUGAGUACACGGUCAUCAUGCACGGGGAGAGGUUUCGGACCAUAGAGGGCAUUGUGAUGGCAGCAGACAGUUCAAGGUCUUUCUCUCCGCUGGAGAAGUUCGGUCAGGGCUUCCUGGAGCGACUGGUCGGCAUCGAGAUGCCCCACAAGUUACUGGAGAGAGUCACCUUUGUUGACACACCAGGCAUCAUUGAAAACCGCAAGCAGCAGGAGAGAGGUUACCCGUACAACGACGUGUGCCAGUGGUUCAUCGACAGAGCCGACCUCAUCUUCCUGGUGUUCGACCCCACCAAGCUGGAUGUGGGCGGCGAGCUGGAGAUGCUCUUCCGCCAGAUGAAGGGCCGCGAGUCCCAGAUACGCCUCAUCCUCAACAAGGCCGACAGCCUCUCUACGCAGGACCUGAUGAGGGUCUACGGGGCCCUCUUUUGGAGCAUGGCGCCGCUCGUCAAUGUCACAGAGCCACCUCGCGUGUACGUCAGCUCCUUCUGGCCGCAGGAUUAUGCUCCAGACACCAGCCGAGAGCUCUUCAUGAAGGAGGAAAUCUCCCUGCUGGAGGAUCUCAACCAGGUGGUUGAGAAUCAGAUAGAAAACAAAAUUGCCUUCAUCCGCCAGCACGCCAUCCGAGUACGCAUCCACGCUCUGCUGGUAGACCGCUACCUUCAGACCUACUAUGACAAGCUGGGCUGGUUCGGAGACCCCUACGAGGUUUUCCAAGACGUCGUGAACGACCCCGAUAAGUACUACAUCUUCAAGUCCAUUUUGGCCAAGAGCAACGUCAGCAAGUUCGACCUGCCCGACAAGGACGCUUACCAGGACUUCUUUGGGGUCAACCCCAUUUCCAACUUCAAGCAACUCUCCCAGCACUGCAGCUGGACUGACGGAUGUCUGCUGGAGAAGAUUGAGAAGGCUAUCUCGCACGAGCUUCCGGCUCUGCUCAGCAGCGUCACCAAAAGCUCAGAGGCACCCACCCCAGCAAAGGCUGCCCCAGCAAACCCGCCGCCUCUCCCCGGUACAUGCGAAGGUCCAGAGUGUGAGGAGAAACCCAAAAAUCGCUGGAGGAAGCAGUGAGAUGGAAAGGAAGAGGACAGGAGGCAGCCAAGAGAGAGAUGAGGCAGAGGGCAGCCAGAUAGUUUCCUGAAAUAAUGUCCACUGGCGUGGAUUCCAGGAAUAGCUCCAGGAAGACUGGAAAUGUGCAGAAAACCAGAUAAAGAAUGGACUUCAGGAUAUUUUGUGUUACUACUUAAAUGGAAAGAAUAUUUGCCAUACAUGUUCUGUUAGUUGUAUUUGAAAGCAGAGGAAAACAAUAUAGGGCCCUCUACAUUUAUUGGGACCCUUUAUAAAGACGUGUAAAAAUCUCUAAA